AUGGGCUGGGUCUCAGGAGGAUAUGUUGCCUGUGUUGCAUCUAUAGUCAUGUCACUGCUGCAUCCAGGUCUUCCUUGAAAAGCAAUCUAAAGGAGACCUUAAAGAAGAAAAACAAUACACCUUGAAUGCAUCAGACAAUGGUGGCAUCAUUGAAUAAUUCAUAAUGUAUUAUGUAAAAUAAUAAUAAUAAUAAUAAACUAGUGUUCCAAGUAAAAAGAGAACAAACAAAAGCAUCAGAUUUGUCAUUUACUGUUUAAAUCUGACGUUUUUUUUUCUUGCAAGUUUGGUAUGGUGUGACAGGAAGGAAACUCUCUGGGGGAAUCACUACAAUUUCCUUUUCUUUUUUUUUUCCUCUAGCAGGAAUCCCCACUUAUUAAUGUUCUUUGUGUUUCCUCAGAAGGAGUCUGGGGAGAGAUCAAGUAUUGCCCACACACUGUGCAGUGUGCAUGCACUGGGUGAUGCCUCGAGAGCGCAUCACAUGCAGGACGACACAAAACCCCACUACUGCAAGACGCAGUGCCAGAAGAGAGCAGAGCUUUGGCACCAGAGCUGUUUUUUUCCUGCAGGAAUAAAAAACAAGGGGAAAUACUUCUUAUCAUGCAGGAAUCCCCCUGAUCAUCAUUUUUGCAUGGGGAGAAAAAAAAAGAGAAACCCUACCAGUGGAGAUAUCUGAGGGAUGCUUGGACACGGUUAUGGAUGAUUAAUGCCAUUCUGAAGACUGGAUAUGCGCACAAAAAAGUGGGGAUAAGUGAGCCCACAUGCAGGAUGGACACUGCGGAGGUGCUUCUCUCUGUGUUGGUGGUUGUGAUCAUCGUGGUGUCGUUGCUGUCCAACGUCCUGGUGCUGAUCUGCUUCCUCUACAACCCGGAGAUCCGCAAGCAGGUGCCCGGCUUGUUCAAUCUCAACCUCACCUUCUGCAACCUGUUGCUCACCGUCUCCAACAUGCCUCUCACUCUGGCUGGACUUGUGGGUAAAGCUCAGCCCGGUGGAGACGGUUUCUGCCAGAUCGUGGGCUUCCUGGAGACCUUCCUGUCCACCAACUCCAUGCUGAGCAUGGCUGCGCUGAGCAUCGACAGGUGGAUCGCCGUGGUGUUCCCACUGAGGUACCACUCCAAGAUGCGCCACCGGGACGCGGCUCUGGUGCUCGGGUACACGUGGGCGCACUGUGCGUCCUUCUCCACGGUGGCCACCUGCUUCUCCUGGGUGGGAUACCACCGGCUCUACGCGUCCUGCACCCUGUCCAACCCGAGGGCGAGCACCAGGACCCAGUUCGUCAUCUUCACCGUGUUCUUCCACUCCUUCACCUUCCUGCUGUCUUUUAUAGUGCUGUGUGUCACAUACCUCAAAGUGCUCAAAGUGGCAAGGUUUCACUGCAAGAGGAUCGAUGUUAUUACCAUGCAAACUUUGGUGCUGCUGGUGGAUAUACACCCCAGUGUUCGCCAGCGUUGCCUGGAGGAACAGAAGAGAAGACGACAGAGAGCGACGAGGAAGAUCAGCACCUUCAUCGGCACCUUUAUGCUCUGCUUCGCUCCCUAUGUGAUCACAAGGAUCGUGGAGUUAUUUCCAGCGGUGCCUAUCAACCCCCACUGGGGAAUUGUCUCCAAGUGCUUAGCUUACAGCAAGGCAGCCUGCGACCCCUUUGUGUACUCCCUGCUCCGACACCAGUACAAGAAGACGUGCACUGACAUCAUCAACAGGCUGCUGAAGCGAAGCUCCCUGAACGCGUCCGGGCGCGGGCACGAGAACCAAGUGCGCAGCAUACCGACGGCAGAGUGACAGUGAUACGGGCUGAGGGAUGACCCGGCGACUGUCAGGGAAAUAUGAGGCUGAUUUAUCUUCGAUGAAGAAGAGAACAAAUAUUGGUUGUUCCUAUCCGCGUCUGCUUGAAUUUGGUCUGAUAUGCCAAAAAAACAGUGACUACAGACAAGGGCAAAUCCCUGCACAGGGAAUACCACUGUGCUUGCAUACUGAGUUCCAAGAACAGCCGAUCAGUGCAGUGAACUUGUGAGGACGAUGAGCAACGGCAGGUUUCACAUCCACCUGGAGAGACAGAUGUGCUCGCCCAAGAAGAACAGCCAAUUCAUAGCCUCAUUAUUCUAACUAGGGUAUAGCUUUCAGUCUCAUAUACGAUACAUUGAUUUUGUUUUACAUUACUGUAGUAUAGACGAAUCCGGCGACCGCUUUGUGUGUUCCACCAUCCAGCGACGCCAUUACUGCGGUGGCAAGUCCUAGUGACUCAUGUCCACAGGAUCCGUCAUUUCCACACUUCCCAUUUGUUGUCUACGUAAGCAGCCGUGUAAUGCAUUCUGGUAGCGCAGCGUUGUGUUUUGAGAGACGGGCCGUCACGUUGGCCGCUCCUCAUUUGCCGUUGUUGAUCUAAAAUGAAGAAAGAUUCGGCAACUGCAUGGCUUAUUUCACGCCUCAAAUAUUUUCAGAAACACAUUUCGAUGAACUAUUUUCAUAAUAUACAAGAAAAAAGUACCCAAACGAGCCGCCAUGUUCGUUCUUCUUUGAAAGCUGGCAGCAGCAGAAGCCCACGAGUGAAAGCAUUCGUCCAAUCAGGUGCCUAGUGGGCCAUCAAGCGUGCAAUGCUGGGAAAAUGACCCUGUGGACACGUACCAUCAGUGUCAGCUAACCGUGAUAACUGGUGACUUUCAGCGGAAUGCGUCUGUGGUUGCUCGUAAUAACUUACGUAAAUGGUUGGCGUAGAUAAUAAAUACAGAUGGGUAUGUAUUUAAAAUUGAUUAAAGUGUAAUUUAAGGCUUUUACGAGGACGCCUACAUGUUCUGUUCGUGUUUUCAGCAGCUGCCGUCACUACGAGCAACCACGAGCGUACUGCCACCGCAGUAAUGGCUAUUUGUUUAGUUCCGGUAUUUCCCCGGAUUUGUGUAUUCAUAUUAUGUUUAAAGAAAAAAGGAUAGGGAAUGGCUGUAUGUCUGUUUUAGUCUGUGCAAAGUGUUUGCAAGUGAUACGUUCACACUGUAUGUAGCACUGAAAACUAGCCUAACCAAAACCAGUCCCCAAAUUGUAUUACAGAUGAAAACAUACAGCAGACAGUUCGGCUCAGGUUAUUUCAGACUUGAUGGGGUUAAACACACUCCCAAUUUAACAAAUUUAAGGUACUUUUUAUUUUUCUAGUACAUUGUCCUGUAGUGUAAGGGCCAACGAAGGAAGAAAGCAAGACUGUGUGUGUUUUUCUGUGUUUCGUGUGUGUAAACAAAUUGCCAUCGUUUUGAAGGACUUACUUACUGACCCGGCCAAGCAGAGAUUUAACGGGAAAAAUAGGCCUUCAAAAACCGGCUGCCUUUGCUGUCAAGAUGACUGACAUGUGCCCCUCAGGUUGUUUAGUCAAGUGGAGCGUGAUGGACUGUACUUGGCCGGGUUUGUGCUCACAGAGAGGAGUGAAACCGUAGAGACCGCUUCAUACUUUAUCACACAUUUUGGGCAAGACGGACAGGAAAGAAAAAUGUAUAUGAUGUAUUUAAUAGCAAUGACGGCCGUCCAUGAAAAGCUAAAGAAAUAAUCUCUGCUCUCUGUUUCGUGUUUUUAAGAAAUAUACAUGGCAACCAGCGUAUAUAUGUUUUUUAAUGAGAUUGAUAUCUAUAGAAGGAUGGCAAUAUCACCUUUUUACUGUAUAUUUAUUUAGUCCCAUUGCUUGUGCAGUUUAGUAGUUUCCAGGCCUUUCUUGAAGACCUAUAAGCCCAAGAGCCCUCUUGACUGAAGUGUUAUCUGACUCACUAUAUGUUGUACCUAUUAUAUCCAUUUGUGUUCUGUAUCAGAAGACAGGCAGCUCUGUAUCAGAGGGCUUGUGACUGGGCUCCACUUGUUAUAGAGUUGACAAACUGUAGAUAGCACCUGAGUUCAGAAAACAGAGAAUAUUGCAAACGUUUUUGAUGGAUUUGGAUAUACAGUGUGUUUAGAUGGUACAUGAACGGGGCCAACAGUGAGAUACUGGAUGUAUCACACAGUGCCAAAAUGAUCGAUGAUGCCCAGUGAGCCAAAUAUUAGUAGCUGCACUUCAUGUUUCUGGAAAUAGAAGAGAAGAUGGAUAUAGAAUAUUUAUGUUAUUACUAAUUGAUACAUGUUUAUUUUAUUUGUGAUAAUACAGAGGAGAAAUGGCUGUCUUGGAUAUAUGAUGCAUUGUGAAGUACUGUAUGACACUCCAAGACAACUGAUGCCUUAAAUUCUGUGAUAUAUGACGGUUUAGAGUUUUUCCAUUCACAAUUGCACAUCUUGAACAAUAUAGAUAGGGUCAAUCAUUGCCUUAUUCACUUCCGUUCAUUAACACAUAAUGAUCUAGAAUUUGUAUUUCUGUACCCUAACUCUGCUUUUGAUGAUAAUUUCUCAACCCAGUCGCCAGAACAAAUGUUGGUACGUUACUGCAAACCACGGGAUACGCUGAAUGUUGACGUUUCUGACCCAAAAAUGCAUUUCAUAAAUAUAUCAGCCUCUAGUCAUGCUUGCAGAAACACACAAUGCCACGUUGUUAAUGUUGUGAAACGAUUGGUUAGGUUUAGGCAACUAAACUACUCGGUUACGGUUAGAAAAAACAUCAU